CGGCGGUGCCAGCGCCCGGUGGGCGAGUUGUUUGGAGUUCUGUGCCCGCGCUCUCCUGGUGGACCCUUGAGCCAAUCCGCACGCCCUCCUGCCGCUUCCCGCACCGCCAGCCUGCUCCAGGGUUGCGGAUAUGGACCUUCCUCAGUUCCUGGCUUUCCUGUUUGUCCUGCUACUGUCUGGGACGGGAGUCACGGGCACCCUGGGGACCUCCCUGGACCCAAGCCUGGAAAUCUACAAGAAGAUGUUUGAGGUGAAGCGGCGGGAGCAGCUCUCGGCACUGAAAAACCUGGUGCAGCUGAAUGAUGUCCACCAGCAGUACAAGAUCCUUGAUGUCAUGCUCAAGGGGCUCUUUCAGGUGCUGGAGGACUCCCGGACAGUGCUCACUGCUGCAGACGUGCUCCCAGAUGGGCCCUUCCCCCAGGACGAGAAACUGAAGGAUGCUUUCUCCCAAGUGCUGGAGAACACGGCCUUCUUCGGCGAUGUGGUGCUGCGCUUCCCAAGGAUCGUGCACCACUACUUCGACCAAAACUCCAACUGGAAUCUCCUCAUUCGCUGGGGCAUCAGCUUCUGCAACCAGUCAGGCGUCUUUGACCAGGGGCCUCACUCACCCAUCCUCAGCCUGAUGGCCCAGGAACUGGGGAUCAGCGAGAAAGACUCUGACUUCCAGAACCCGUUUAAAGUGGACCACACAGAGUUCACUUCCAGCACCGACCCUUUCCAGAAGGCCCUGAGAGAAGAGGAGAAACGCCGGAAGAAAGAGGAGAAGCGGAAAGAGAUCCGAAAAGGCCCGCGGAUCUCACGAUCGCAAUCCGAACUAUAGCCCUGCUGCAGCCCAGGGCUCCAGGGGCCAGGAGCAGGCCAGUCGGGAGGCAGAGGCGGCGGCAGCGAGGCCGAGGUGCAGCCACAGUGACUGGUGGUGAGAGCCAGGCCCUGCGCGGGGGAGGCCACGUUGGCUUGGCGCCCCAGCUGAAGGGACUGAGUUGAAGAGAGUCGGAUUCCCUCCCAGGGUCCUCCCUGGAGGGGGCGUCGAGGGCACCUCAGAGGACGCUGUGCUGCAGACCUAACCCUGUGGAGAUGCUGGGGGAGGCGGGAGGGGUCCAGGACUGGACCCUCCGGGUGGGUUAGGACUGCUGGCCGGCUGGCUGCUGCUUUUCUUGGGGAAGUAGCAGAACCAGGCUCUGAGCCACGUGCAGAGGUGCCAUGCUUGCUGCUGGCCCCACUGUGUCACUGAGCCACCGGGCACAAGUUCCAGCCCCCCUCAGAGACACAAUAAAAGCCAGCCAACCCUCUGGGCCAACCAUGGCUGGUUUGGGCCCCGGUAACUGUGACUCCCUUUACGAGGCAGGUGGUGAGGGGCCUGGGUGGGGGGGCCAGGGGCCCUCAGAGAUGCAGAGAGCACCUUGAGGACGUUCCCGCCCCAGGCCCUGGCAGGACAGUGAAACAGGAACUUGGUCUAGGCCUCCUAAUCCCUUUUCCGCACUGUCCUUGACGAAGGAUCAGUGUUGGGAAGGACUGGAAGUGUCCUGGGAGGGUGUUUAAUCCAGGAUGACCUUGGAGCAACAUGAUCUCUAUCCUUAGCUCUCUGGGGACAGUCAUUGAGCAUGCCCAGGAGAGUCAACUUGUUCUCUCCGGCAACACUGGGAGCCCCUCAACCUGUGGACAGGUGGACGGGGCUGUAGAGGAGCGGGCGGCAGCUCUGGUGAAGGCUGCUUUAUCAUGGCCAGGCCACCUGAAGCCAAUUGGUCAGGCAGUGAGCUCCCCAGCUCAGGAGGUAUGCAAGCAGACACCUGUGGUCACAGGGCAGGAAAGCUGCAGAGGCCCUGAGUGUGGGCAGCUGCCCUUCAGUCGUGUUCUUCCCAGGCAGAGGACGGAGGAGCUCUGGUGGGAAUUCUAGCUGGGUCGCUGAUCUUACCAAGGCCAGCGUCUGCCUCUUAAUAGGGUCUGAGAGACACAGCCAUCCCAGAACCCACACCACCCCGACCACCGACAGCCCAAGGGAGACCCCAGUCUUGUCUCAGCCCAUCAGACUGGCUGAGUGACCCUGGCACACCCUUUCUCUGUGCUGUGGCUUCACUGGCAAAAUCAGUUGGAUAAUAUCUGAAUUGCCUGCCCAGCCCUGAACUGCUUCUCCAAGGCUGGCGGCUGGCUUUUCAGUGACAGGUGUCCUUCUCUGAUGAUUCUGCGUCUGCCCCAUAGAUUUGCUGAACACCCACUGCGUGCACAACCAGAGAGGGGCCCGGUUUUACCUGGCUUCAGCUGCGCCUCAUCUGGCACCUCUGUCCUAGGCUCUUCUCCACCAUCAGCCUCUCUCUGUCUUGGCUGACACCUUCCUAUUCACCUUCAAAUGGUCCCAAGUUUUCCCAUCUGACACCUGCAGAGAAACAAAAAGAAUCACCCCGCUUUCCCCCUCUCCUUCCCUUUGCUGCAUUGUUGAUUGUUGUCACUUGUACCCAGAACUCCACCUUUUGUCUUAACUGCAGGCAGAGUCUGCCCACCUCCGCUGCCUGGCGCUGUGGAGGCCGGAGGGUACUUGUUUGUCUAGCCUCCUUGCAGCUAGGAUUCAGUAAAGUGACUGAAAUGCCACCAACCAGAUGCACCAGCCUAUGUGAGUGGUGCUGGUGGAGGCCAUGGCACAGGGACCAGGGGCAGCAAGUGUGUGUGGGGGAAAGGGGUUUCUAGAGGCCAGAUGAGCACCAGGGGUGCCCAGUGGUGGCAGCCGUGAUGUCGUCAGUGGUAUUUCCAGCCCCAACCUGAGACACCCUCUAAGAGUCUGGGAGCUCCCCAGUAUCUUCUAAGGCAGAGUUUCUCAACAGUGGCACUGUUUACAUUUGGGGCCAGAUAAUUCUUUGUUGUGUGAGAAGGGCUGCCCUGUGUGUUGUAAGGUAUUUAGCAACAUUCUUUGCCUCUACCCGUCAGAUACCUGUAGCAAUCUCCCAGUUACCACAACCAAAAAUGUCUCCAGACAUUGCUAGAUGUCCCCUGAGAGCAACACCUCCCUGGUCCACAGCCCUCCUCCCCCAUCACCCCAGGCCCACACCUUCCUCUGCUGUCCCCACUCACUGCCUGCAGAAAUGCUGGUGACACUUCUUGACAGGACCCCCCCAGGCGUCGGCCACCGUGUUGUCCUAGUUCUCUGCCCUUGGUCUGAGUCUGCUAUGUCGCUUCUUGAUUCCUCUUCCCUCACCUGCCCCUUAAGUGAAGCGUUUUUUGGUUUAGUCUCUGCUCUUUUCUUUUUGACAGCUGCGUCCUCUGAACCACAAAGCUGACGGCACUUGCCCUGUCACCACUGGAUAAGUCCUUAUGUUUCAGCUUAUCCAAAACCAAACUUGUUAGUUCCCACCCUGAAACCUCACCACUGUGUCAAACCGUGUGGUUUGUGCUCUUGCUUAAUCCUGGAGAAAAUGACGUCUGAACUGAUUCCUGAAAGAUUGCGGAGGAAUGAGGAGACAGGCACUGAGCAGAGGCAUCAAGGGAAGGCAUCCGAAAUAGUGAAUGAAAAUAACAGGCCAAGUUCUCUUCUAUGGCCCAUAGUGAGUGUGCAACCCGUGGUGGGUGUCUGGACGUUAUUGUCAUCUGGACUGACCCCUCCCUUUUCAGAUGAAGAACCAGGGUCCUGAGGAAUGACUUACCACCCCUGGGAGCCAGUCUCAGGUCUCCAGCCAAUGCGAGGAGCCGACUGGAAGAGAUACUCAGGUGAGAUCAGGCCCAGAGGGACAGUGUGAGUGUUUUGCCGGGGCUGGGUCCAGGGCUACCACCUUUCUCCACAGUUUCUACUGAGCCUUCACUGUGUCCCCUCAGAUUGCUUUGCUAGGAACCCGGGCCUCUGGGCAGGUCGAGCUGGGAGCCCUGGGAACAGCUGCAGAAUGGGAGGUGCUGUGCCCACCGACCUGACCUGGUGCUCAGGCAGCCCUCUGCAGGAGGUUACUGAGGCUGUGGGGUGGGUGGGCACCGGACCAAAGUGAGUCAUACACUCGUCCAGCAGGUAGUCACCACCCUCCUUCCCACCCAGUGUGGGCAGCCCUGUGAGACCCCCUGGGAAGCACACUUGAAGAUGGCACUGUCCAGCUCAGUGCCCAGUCCAGAGAUCGGUGUAGUUAUGUUAUACAAGUUCAUUAUCAAAAGUAUUUUAAACAGUACUGAGCCACCCAGCUAGCUCAGUAGGUAGAUUGAGUGUGAAACUCUUAAACAAUACUGAAAUACCAAGAAGAACGUACCAAGAAAGUGAAAUGCACCCUAAAUCCUACCAUUCCCAUAAACAUGACUGACACUCAGCUGUUGGGCCUUCCAUCCUUUCCGCCCUUGUGAUCACAUAGAUCCCUAUUCUUCCAAUUACAACAGCUACCUCGUAUGGGCACUUACUACAUGCCAGGUGUUAUGCCAAGUGUUGGCUGUCGGCGGCUCCCGCUACCUCAGGAACCUUGCCCAUGUCAUCUGUUCCCCUGGCCAUACUAGAUGCAGUUCUCCCCAAUUUUAGAUUGCAUCUUAAGUGUCAGAGGCUUUUCCUAGCAUCCCGUCAGGUCCCUUGUUACAAUUCCCUUGAUCACUUGUACUAUCUGUCACAUAUUUGUUUAAUGUCUGUUUUCUUCAGGAGACUGGAAACUCUCAUAGGAUAAGAACUGUUUCUGUUUGCCUGCCACAGAUGCAUUCAAUAAAUACAUGAAUGUACAGAUGAUCUUAUUUAGUCUUCACAACUAUGAGGGGGUUGUUAUUUCCCACUUUAGAGAUGACAAAACAGGCUUAGAAGAGUUACUUAACUGCUCAAUGUCACACAGCAUGGUGUCCCUACAUCUGCCUCUAUUGAGCCUAUGUGCUCUUAAGUCUUGACC